AUGUUAAAACCCGUUCCUUUUUUGAACUAUAAAGCUGAAACAACUGAGCUGUUAAUACAUACUGGCCAAAAGGAUGAGGUAAAAGUUGAUUCAAUAUUCUUCAGACAAAUCUCACGUAUGUCUAAUAAAUUUAACGCUCGCAAAGUUCUUCAGUUUAUCAAUGGUACAAAAAAUGUAGAAACUAAAGAAUUAGAAAUUAACGAUGAAAACAGCAAGCCUCGUCACUUAUAUGAAAUUAAAACAAGUGGAAAAUAUAUAGAUAGGUUUAGAAUGUUAAUCAUACCAGAUAAUGAAGAAGACGAACUUUCAUUGAGUAAUUUUGAUAUGUUAUUGGAAACUGAAACUCCACCAUCAGCAAGUAUUAUUAGAAAUCCAGAACCACAAAAAGAAAUAAUCAAUUAUCAGUUUUUACGAGCAACAGACUUUGAAUACGUAAAACUAUAUUUUGUUGAUAAUGAUAUAUUUACCUCACUCGAUAUUCAUAAAAGUCAACAACAACAAAAUUUUUUGAUACCAAUAAAAAGAGAUGAUGCAUCUGUUGAUAUGAUUUUAAAUAUUAGUAAACCAAAAUUUUCAGUUCAUCUGAAUAAGGUUAAUGAUUUGAAAGAACAAAUAUUCUUAGUAAAUAUGCGAAUUUUUAGUAAAGUAGCUUUAUCAGAAAUUCAUUUAAUUUAA